AUGAAGUUCCAAUUCCAUGCUGUUUCAUUUGUUCUGCUAUGCUUCACAUCAUUUGGCCUGAUUUUAGCUGACUUGAACUCCGACAGACAAGCUCUCCUUGAGUUCUUUUCAAAUGUUCCACAUGCCCCAAGGCUAAAUUGGAAUGAGUCUACUCCAAUUUGUACUUCUUGGGCUGGUGUGACUUGCAACCAAAAUGAAACUAGUGUCAUAAGCAUCCACCUUCCAGGGGCAGGUUUCAAGGGCUCCAUUCCAGAGAACAGCCUAGGAAAACUAGAUUCUCUAAAAAUUCUGAGCCUCCACUCCAAUGGCCUUAGAGGAAACCUUCCUUCAGACAUCCUCUCUAUUCCUUCACUCCAAUAUGUAAACCUGCAGCAAAAUAACUUCUCUGGUCUAAUCCCUUCUUCUAUCUCCCCUAAACUCGUAGCAUUGGAUAUUUCUUAUAACAAUUUUUCUGGAAGUAUCCCACAUAUUUUUCAGAAUCUCAGUAGACUCACCUGGUUGUAUCUCCAAAACAACUCUCUCUCUGGGGCUAUCCCUGACAUCAACCUUCCAAGCCUCAAGUAUUUGAAUUUGAGUUAUAACAACUUGAAUGGCUCAAUUCCAAAUUCCAUCAACAAUUAUCCAUACACUUCUUUUGCUGGGAACUCUCACUUGUGUGGACCACCUCUCAAUAACUGUUCUGAAGCCUCCGUUCCAUCUUCUUCUUCUUCCUCUCUUUCUCCUUCUCCUGUUUAUCAACCACUCUCUCCAGCACCUGCUCCCCAAUAUAGAAGUGCUACUCCUUCAAAGAGUUACUUUGGCCUAGCUUCUAUCAUUGCACUAGCAAUUGGGAGCUGUGCCUUCCUUUCUCUCCUAGUUUUGGUGAUCUUUGUAUGUUGUUUGAAGAGCAACAAGAGUCAAAGCAGUGGCAUACUUACUGGAAAGGCACCUUGUGCUGGAAAGACUGAGGUUUCAAAGAGUUUUGGGAGUGGGGUUCAAGAGGUUGACAAGAACAGGUUGUUUUUCUUUGAUGGUUGCUCUUACAGCUUUGAUCUUGAAGAUUUGUUAAAGGCUUCAGCUGAAGUUCUUGGAAAAGGGAGCUAUGGAACAACAUAUAGGGCUGCUUUGGAGGAUGGAACUACAGUGGUAGUUAAAAGGUUGAGGGAAGUUCUAGUUGGACAAAAGGAGUUUGAACAGCAGAUGGAGAUUGUAGGAAGAAUUGGUAGGCACCCCAAUGUCGUGCCCCUUCGAGCUUUUUACUUUUCCAAAGAUGAGAAACUUCUAGUCUAUGACUACAUGCCUGGAGGCAGCUUGUUUUCCUUGUUGCAUGGAAACAGAGGCAUGGGAAGAGCUCCAUUAGACUGGGAUUCAAGAAUGAAGAUUGCACUUGGAGCUGCAAAGGGAAUUGCUUCCAUUCACACUGACCACAUGGAUUCAAAACUUACUCAUGGCAACAUCAAAUCCUCCAAUGUGCUCAUAACCCAAGAACAUGAUGGCUGCAUCACUGAUGUAGGACUCACUCCAAUGCUGACCACCCAAUCAACCAUGUCAAGGGCCAACGGCUACCGUGCUCCUGAAGUAACCGAGUACAGGAGGAUCACUCAGAAGUCUGAUGUUUACAGUUUUGGAGUGCUCCUUCUUGAAAUGCUCACAGGCAAGGUCCCACUGGGAUAUCCUGGCUAUGAUGACAUGGUUGAUCUUCCAAUGUGGGUGAGGUCUGUGGUUCGAGAGGAAUGGACAGCUGAAGUUUUUGAUGAGGAGCUGCUUAGAGGGCAGUAUUUUGAAGAAGAAAUGGUGCAGAUGCUUCAGAUUGCACUGGCAUGUGUGGCAAAGGUGGCAGAUAACAGGCCAAAAAUGGAUGAAACUGUUAGGAACAUAGAGGAAAUUAGACUUCCUGAAUUGAAGAACCGUAACACAUCAUCUGACUCUGAAUCUAAUAUACAAACUCCAUGA